AUGUUGCUGGCGGUUGCCAACGUGCUGGGUUUCCUACUGGCGCAUAUGGUGCUGGAAGAAGGGAGCUUCUCAAGAUGGCCGUCGACCGGAGAACUCCGCAGAGAUUUCUGCAUGGUUUCGUAG